GAAAAUUCUUCGACCGGUGAGCCACAAGGCUAAGUGAAGGAACAAGCGAGGGUAAACUUCAAAGAGAGAGAGUUUGAAGGAAGAGAAGCAGAGAAAAUCGAGCCGAGCGACAAUGGGCGGAGGAAUGGAAGCUCACAAGAACAAAUUUAUUGAGGAUUGGAGUACUGCCAGAGAAAAUCUUGAGCUUAAUUUUCGCUGGACUCGCCGGAAUUUGGCGAUUGUGGGUAUCUUCGGAAUCGCCGUUCCCUAUCUUGUUUACAAGGGCAUCGUCAGAGAAUUCCAUAUGCAAGAUGAGGAUGCAGGCAGACCAUACCGGAAGUUCUUUUGAGCACCUCAUCAGGGCACCGCAAUCAGUUUUUUUUUUUUUUUUUUAAGUAAUAAAACCUUUCUCAUCUAUGUGAACACUCAACCCUUCCAAUUUGGAUUAUGGGACAAUAUUGCAUCUUUGAAGUUUUAGAAGUGAAGCUGUGCAAGUUUACACUUUAUUUUAUGACAUUUUGUGAAUGUUGAGUAUUUUCAGUUUGAAGUUCUGCCUUUCAAAUUUAUCAAUACAGACCAUUGUUGGUUUUGUUUUU